AUGCCGGCGCCAACCAUUCCUGCGGGGUCGAAGCGUGUCGAAGAAGACUUGCAGUCAUGGAAGGAGCCCGAGCUCUCGCUCAGCGCAGAGCUGGUCCAGCUCCCAGAGGAGCGGCUGCUAGUUCUGGAGCAAGAGAUGGCCUGGCUGCGGAAGCAGCUGGAGUCUGAACUGAAGCACGUGACGGCCCGGUUGCAGGUCGUUGAAGCGAGGCUGGAUCCUGGCAACCACAAUUUCAAGGCUGCUCCCACUGAUGACACGAAUGUCGUCCCCGACUACGGUCUGCCACUGGAGACGCUGACGCUGAGCCUGGAGGUACCAGAGGCCCAAGAGUCCGGCAUGGAUGAGGCAGCAAGCAGCCGAAAGUCGAGAGGGAGCAGGACAUCCAGGAAGGCUCAGGAGUUCACCGAAGUCUGGUUCGAGGAGAGCGCCUGGAGUAUUCCCCUCCUCGCCGGAUUGGUCAACCUCGGGGUUUUCGACACGCUGUUUGCUAGUGCCUUGGUGUUUCUGAACCUCGGGAUGCAAUCGGCAUUCUCCAUUAUUCUGCUGACCCCUGCCUUCAUGGGUGAAGAGUUUGAGAGCAAGAUUCAGAGUGCGCAAGCGUGGCGGACGAGCGUGGCUCAUGAUGAGAGGUACAUGGAUUUGGCUGGCACCAGCUUGGUUACUCGAGUCUGCAAAGGCGAUGGGUCAGUGAUCCUCUCAACUGUGCAAGCCACAUUGGUUGAACAUGUGAACAGCUUCCUGGGCAUGGAAAAGGAUGGCUUUGAUCUUCCGGCCUUCCAGCCGGGAAUUCUUCUGUGCAUGCUGUGCAUUGUGCUAUGGGCGCUUUGCGUUUACAAGGAGUUCCGACGGAUCUGGGUACAGCUGGAAGCAGCGGCUGAGAUUCCGAAGGCGCGAAGUACUUCUUUCUUCGAGAAUACCUUCGAAACCAUUUCCUGGGGUCGCUUCUGCCUGCUUCUGUUGACCUAUGCUUGCCGGACCGCCAUUGCUUCCGUCCUGCUUGUGGCUGGAAUCUUGUGGCUGGCAAGGACAACUUCCAUUUCGGAGCUUAUGUUGAACGCCGUGGCGCUGAAUGCCAUUCUGGAUGUCGAUGAGUUUCUCUUUGUGGGCAUGACGCCAAUUAAAAUCCAGCAUGCCAUCCAGAGCCUGGAGCCCAUGAAGGUGAAAUACAGCCGACGGCGGAGCGAGUGCGAAUCCAUCGUGCACUUCAUUUCUUUGGUGGCCCUGGUCUCUUGUACUUAUUUGUUCCAGCUUGGGCCCCUCACAGAAGCCAUGCUGAGCUUGAAAAACGAGCUUUGCGGUGGCAACCAAGCCUUCGUGGUGGGCUUCAACCCCGAAACUCAGCUAACUCAUGCUCUGAACACGCCGGGCAGUUUGGACAUCGGCAGAAAUCUGACUAUCAGUGAGUUGGCCGUGGAAUCGCACAAGGCAACCUCGCCGGAAACGACCCCCGGAGACUUUCCAACCUACCUCCUCUACUCUACAGACAAAAACACGUUCAGUAAUGACAACACUCGAAGCAUCGAGCUUGAGGGUGGCAUGAUCCCUUUCUGCAUCGAGACUGAUAUUAUGAACCCAGCGGGUCGAUAUCACAACGACACAGCACUGAUACCCUGGACGGCCGUUCUCAUCAGAAACUCCGCAGCCAGCGUCGGACUACAUAGCGCACGAAGUUGCGAAGAGAUGCGGGGGAUGUGCAGCCGUGCGGAAAGCCGCUUGCUGCGAAUGGUGUGCGGCGAAACAUGCGGAUGCACAGAACCUUACAGCAGUGCCUGGUACAAGGUGGCAGCUCAAGGAUGUGCUCCAGCAUGCUUGCAGCAUGCCCAGGCGAGUUUGAGCGGAGGCUCAUGCGAAGAUGCAGCUAAUGACGCAGACUGGCAGGCUUUCUGGACAACCUUUCCAGAAGCGGUAUCGUACUUUUAUAGUACAGAUGUGACGCAAACGGCUCUGUGGCCGAUAGCAAACCAAACAGUCCAGGCAAUGCGGCAAGACGGAUGUGCAGCGCUGACACAGUUUCCGACUGACGUGAUGACCAAUGCCGAAUGGUGCUCCGGGAUGCCACAACUCUUUCGACCCUUGUCUGCCAUCUGUCCUCGGAGUUGUGGCUGUGGGCAACGAGCGCAUCUGACGCAUUGCCCCGCCGGCUGUGCCUCUGGCAACUCAUCGGGGUGA